GAUUUUAAAACUUUAAAUGUGUUUAUGAUUUAUAUUAUAAUUUCAGUAACUAUUAAUUAAAUAAUACUUGACAAAAUAUAAGUGGAUGAAAAGCAAUAAUAAAAUAUGUUUUAAAACAUUCCAAAAUGGUUGCCGUUUAUAAAAACGUUAGCAAAUAUUCUCAUUUCAUCAUAAAUUUUGCUCUUUUUGUUACCACAUUAGCAAAACUACACCCUGAUGGUUUCAAUUACGAAGAGUGUCCCCCAAAUCAAACUAAAUGUGCUUUCUGGUUAGUUAUCCAAGAAAAGUUAACCAUGAUUUAUGAAAAAAAUCUUGUAUACGCUCAUAAUGGAAAAUUAUAUUUGUACAAUGAACACCAUUCUAACUACACAACAGAUGUUCCAAUGGACAAAGUUAUGUCAGUGGAUGGAGUUAACCGUAUGGUUGAAGCAGUUAAUGGUACAGUGCCAGGUCCUCCAAUUGUUGUAUAUGCUGGACAAAUGGUUACUGUUCAUAUUCGCAACAUGCUUUUAAGCGAUUCAGCAACUAUACAUUUUCACGGUUUACAUCAAAAAGAUACCCCUUAUUUUGAUGGAAUGCCAUACAUUACUCAGUGCCCUAUUGCUGCUGGACAAACCUUUACACAUGAGUUUAAAGCUUCACCAAAAGGCACUUUUUGGUAUCAUAGUCAUGUAGGUGCUCAAAGAACUAAUGGAGUAUUCGGCCCAUUUAUAGUUAAAGAACGACCAAAGCCCGAUGAGCAACCUCUUAUAGACAUGAUAAUGACCGUUGGAGAUUGGCAUCAUGAAAACUCUGAUGAGGUAUACAUAAAAAUGAUAUACGGAAACUAUAUAGGAAGAAAUAGAUAUGAAACAACUCAUACGUUGGACGGAGGAAAUUUCAGCGCAGUGCCGUGGGUUUCAGGUUUGAUAAAUGGUAGGGGAAGAUACAUCGAUAAAAUAACGGGUGUAAAAGUAAUGGCGCCUCUAACCUGGUUUAAUGUAACCAGAGGACAAAAAUAUAGAUUUCGCGUCAUUGGAGUUGGUUCUAUAUAUCCCCUACGUAUAUCAGUAGAUGGUCAUUCAUUAGAAGUAAUUUCUUCUGAUGGUUACGACAUUGAACCAUGGAUUGUAGAGUCGUUUAUAAUAAAUCCUGGGGAGAGGUAUGAUUUUAUACUUACAGCAGAUCAGCCCUACGGCAACUAUUGGAUACGUGCUGACAGUCUUGAGGUAGGGGUUAAAGACCACACUAUUGAAGCUGUGCUGCACUACGAAGGUUCACUAGAAGUAGAACCAACCAGCAAUCGCCAAAAUUGUUUUUCCUACAGGCCGUGCAUUGUUUUAAAUUGUCCAUUUUCGAUAUUUCCUGUUGGAGCACAUACUCAAUGCAUUAAAAUGAGCGAAAUGAAGGCGAAAACAAAUAAGGAUCAACCUCCAAAAAUGGAUGAAGAUUCUUUUGAAUUUUUUCUAAAUUUUGCUUUUCCAGGAGAUGGUAUAGAAAAGUUUACUCCUGGAGCCGUUAAUGGUAGAAAGUUUGAAAAUCCAGGGGUGAACUCGUUAUUUCAAAACGAGCAAAUGGAAAGUGAUUACGAUUGCGACAAAAAAGAUUGCGGAGAAGAUAAAAUUUGUCAUUGCCACUACCAGCUGACCGUACCUUAUAACAAAACAAUUCAAAUGGUAUGGACAAAUAUGGGAUCAGGUUCAGGUUGGGCCCAUCCAAUACAUUUACACGGACACAGCUUUUAUUUAUUAAAAAUGGAAUAUCCACCGCAAGAUAAAAAAACCGGACGUGUAAUAGGUGAGACACCAGAUAUAUACUGUGCUAAUACCAAGCUUAGGUUUUGCAACUACCCAAAAUGGAAAGAUCCAUCUUGGGCAAACGGGAAUGUUCCUGGUCUAAAUUUAAUUAACCCUAUUCGUAAAGAUACCAUCAUAAUUCCAACUGGUGGAUACGCUGUUUUGCGUUUGAAGUCAACGAAUCCUGGGAAAUGGUUUCUACAUUGUCACAUUGAAGUCCACGCCCUUGAGGGAAUGGCUAUGGUAUUUAACGAAGCUCCUGAAAAAGAAAUUGUUCCACCCCCAGGAUUUCCUAUUUGUAAUAACUUUUAUAAUGAUCGGAGCAGAGAUAUAAAUUUCUACAAAGAACGAAAAUGUCCAAAUAUAGAAGUUAUGGAAAAUUCUCCAAUCACAAAAUCAACUAUGAAUAUUAUUGUCACUGCCACUCUCGCAAUAAUAAUAGGACUUCAAAUACUUGUGAUAUGCGCAUGCGCUAUUUUGAACAGACGAAAUUUGCUUCCGAAAAAAAAAAAGAAGGAAAAUAAAAGAGAAGAUAGAAAAUAAAGUUAAAUCAACAUUAUGAUGUAAUCAAGAUUAACUUACUCAAGUGAUGAAUUACGUCAUAUCAAAUAAACGACGUCACUGUUUUCAUCAUCGCAAAUAUUUUUAUAUAACAACCAACAUUUGUAUAUAAAUUCACAAUACAAUAUAAAUAAUAUUAAAUUUCAAAUAA